AUGUCUCUGAUAUCGGAACAGGGACCGUCGUCCGUCUAUUAUGCUUCUCGCACUCUAUCAGAAAUAGAGAAGCGGUACGCAGUCAUCGAGAAAAAAGCCCUAGCAGCGACCUGGGCCGGUGAGAGGUUCUCGGAUUACAUCACCGGAUUGCAGUUUACGUUAGAGACAGACCACAAACCUCUCACAACGCUGUUCAACACAACUGAGUUGAGCAAGAUGCCUCCACGCAUAUCGAGGUUUCGGUUGCGACUCAUGAGGUUUAACCCACACGUAGUCUAUGUCCCUGGAAAGCAACAGGUUGCCGCAGGUGCACUGUCUCGCGCUCCUGUUGGUAAACCGGAUGGAGACGUUCACAAUCUUGUACAGGAAGUAGAGAGCAAUACAAACGAAAUGUUGGGUACAUUAUCUGUAACUACAAACCGCUUGCAGGAAAUACGGGCAGUUCACAAAGCAGAUGAAGAAUGUUCUCUAAUCCACAAGUAUAGUGUAAAUAGUUGGCUUACUUACCGGCCCCUCCAGCCGCUAAUUCGACCAUACUGGGAGGCACAGAUCCACCUAGCAGUUGUGGAUGAUAUCUUGUUAUAUGACGAUCAAAUUGUUAUUCCGAGAUCCCUGAGGUUGUAUCCUUGA